CAGUCACCCCUGGGAAACGGUAACGACGGCUGCUAUGCAGAAAUACCCAAACCCCAUGAACCCCAGCGUGGUUGGAGUCGAUGUCCUGCACAGACACAUCGACCCUAGCGGGAAGCUGCACAGCCACAGACUCCUCAGCACAGAGUGGGGAAUACCCUCCAUUGUGAAAUCGCUCAUUGGCACGUGUAGAACAAAGACGUACGUUCAAGAGCACUCUGUUGUUGACCCAGUGAAAAAAACAAUGGAGCUUAAAUCCAGUAAUAUUUCAUUUACAAACCUAGUGUCAGUAGACGAGAGGCUUGUCUAUAAACCACACCCUCACCAACCGGACAAAACCAUUUUGACACAAGAAGCAAUAAUAUCUGUGAAAGGUGUCAGUCUCAGCAGUUACCUAGAAGGGCUAAUGGCAAACACAAUUUCUUCCAAUGCUAAUAAAGGCCGUGAAGCACUGGAAUGGGUAAUUAAUAGACUGAAUGCUGAAAUUGAAGAGUUUGCAGCUUCUGAGAGGAACCAUGAGGAAUUCAAUGGCAGCAGCAGCAUUUGUAGAGAAAUGAUAAUAAAAAUCCCUGUAUUACUAAUGAGGUUUAACAAUCUGAAGCUUCUCUCCAAACCUAAAUACAAGUAUCCUUUGUUAUUUAAAGGCGUACUUGUGUAUUAGGCAUGUUUCAAAUUUAAUUUGGAGAAGAGCUGAAUCCUUACUAAUGAAGCUGAUGUACAAAGCCUAGUUAAUAUAUUGGUUCAGCUGGACCAAAUUUUGGUUACAGAUGGAGAAAUAAUUUUUCAAGUAUAGUUCCUGUAUUUACAUGGACACUAACUUAUAAUAUUUUCAGAUACGAAAUAGCCUCAUUUAGUGAUGAGGCUGCAUAUGGUGGAGGAAACUGGCAUGUUAAGUUAACUUCUGUGGAAUUUUUAUUUCUGUGUGACUUAUGGACUACCUCUU